UGCCACCGUGUCCAAGGCUGAACUGAGCAGGAGAGGAGGCGGAGGAGGAGGGACGCUUCCCUUGUUUACAGUGGUGCCGACCGGCCUGUGAAGUCGUGCGGCGUCAUACGUGUGUCUGGAGUUUUAUUACUCUCGAUCAUUCUUCUGUUACAAGGGUCGCUGUAUGAAACCUCCAAUCUGGAUCGAGGCGGCAGCAACAGGAAGAAGAGGAUAGAGGAAUUCUCUCGGUCUUCUCGGGAGAAAAUAGUCCAGUCCAAGAACAAAAUGUUCUCCAAAUUCACGUCUAUCCUCCAGCACGCCGUGGAAGCGCUUGCUCCAUCGCUGCCUCUUCAGGAGGACUUUGUCUAUCACUGGAAAGCAAUUACACACUAUUACAUCGAGGCGUCAGAUGACAAAGCCCCGAUCACCGACACAAACAUCCCCUCCCACCUGGACCAGAUGCUGGACAUCCUGACCCAGGAGGAAGAAGAGCGGGAGUCUGGAGAGACUGGCCCCUGUAUGGAGUAUCUGCUCCACCACAAAAUCUUGGAGACUCUCUACACUUUGGGCAAGGCAGAUUGUCCCCCGGGGAUGAAGCAGCAGGUUCUCACAUUCUACACAAAGCUGCUAGCUCAUAUCCGACAACCUCUCCUGCCACACAUUAAUGUCCAUAGACCAGUGCAGAAACUGGUCCGUCUGUGUGGGGAAGUGCUGGCUGCCCCCACAGAAAAUGAGGAGAUUCAGUUCCUCUGUAUCGUCUGUGCCAAAUUAAAACAGGACCCAUAUCUAGUCAACUUCUUCCUCGAGAAUAAAUCCAAAAAGCCAGAGACAAGUCGUCCGGCGAGGGCGGAGGACAAUGUGUUAACGCCUGACACAGGUCAGUCGGCAGCAGCGUCACAGACUGAGCGACCAGAGGAACGCGCUGCGUCCGCUGCUGCCUCUCCCACCAGUCCUACCAACAAUAACAGCAACUAUAGUCUGGUCACCUCCCUGCUCAACCUCACAAAGAGUCCAGACGGCAGGAUUGUGGUGAAGGCGUGCGAGGGUCUGAUGCUGCUGGUCAGUUUACCGGAGCCUGCAGCUGCCAAAUGUCUGACUGAAAACACCGAGCUGUGUGCGCUGCUGACGGACAGACUGGUCAGCUUCUAUAAAGCUCUUCCACAGUCCAUGGACCCUUUGGACAUCGAGACAGUGGAGUCUGUCAAUUGGGGGUUGGAUGUGUAUAACCUGAAGGAGGACACGGCCGUGUUCACCGGGAAGCGAGCGCUGAUCUCCUUCCUAUCUUGGCUGGACUACUGUGACCAACUCAUCAAAGAAGCCCACAAGUCGGCAGCUUCGGUUCUGGCCAGAGCUGUCAGAGAGAGAUUCUUUGUUCCCGUGAUGGAGCCGCAACUUAUGCAGACGUCCGAGGUGGGGAUCCUGACCUCCACCGCCCUGCUGAACAGGAUUAUCAGGCAGGUGACGUCAGAGGCUUUGCUGCAGGAGACGGUUUACUUCCUGCUGGGGGAGGACAAGACGUCAGAGAGUCUGGCCACCAUCGGCCAGAAUCCCCUCAGACACAGACUCAUCGAGCACUGCGACCACCUGUCAGACGAGAUCAGCAUCAUGACCCUGCGGCUCUUCGAGCAGUUGAUCCAGAAGCCCGACCAGCACAUCCUGCACAGUUUGGUGCUGCGCAACCUGGAGGAGAGGAACUACCUGGAGAACAAGCCGCAGGAGGAGCGGGAGCCGCUGGAGAACGGGCAGCCUCAUGACGCCGUAGAUCUCGAGGAGGAUCCACUAUUUGGGGAUGACCUCUCACCAGAGAGUAAGCUGUCGGGUUCUGACUGGCUCAGCGCGUCUCCACCGCAGAGUCCAGACCACAUGAAGUCUGAAGGCAAGACCGAAGUGCACAAGAUUGUCAACAGUUUCCUGUGUCUGGUGCCGGACGAGGCCAAAUCCUCGUAUCAGGUGGAGGGGACGGGCUACGACACCUACCUCAGAGACGCUCACAGACAGUUCAGGGACUUCUGCGGGGUCUGCCAGCGCUGGGACUGGAGAGGGACGCCCAAGCCUUUUGAGAAGUGCGACCUGGACCUGCCCUUCUUCGAGGGUCACUUCCUUAAAGUCCUCUUCGACAGGAUGGGCCGCAUCCUCGAUCAGCCAUAUGAUGUCAACCUCCAGGUGACGGCAGUCCUCUCCAAAUUGUCUUUGUUACCACAUCCCCACUUGCAUGAGUACCUGCUGGACCCGUACAUCAACCUGGCGCCGGGCUGCCGGUCCUUGUUCUCAGUCAUAGUCAGGGUGGUCGGCGAUCUCAUGUUGAGGAUUCAGAGAAUCUCUGACUUCACUCCCAAACUGCUGCUGGUGAGGAAGAGAUUAUUGGGUCUGGAGCCAGAAGGGAUCAAUAUUGAUCACAUGACUCUGCUGGAGGGCGUCAUCGUGCUGGAGGAGUUCUGCAAGGAGCUGGCCGCCAUCGCCUUCGUAAAAUACCACGCCACCGCCUCGUCGUCGCCGUGACCCGCCACCCCCGUCCAUCUUCUGUUCGGACACCCAGGUGGGUCAGCAGAGAGUCCAGCCCCGUGGUGCCACCACCACUUGACUGUCGACCACCACACCGGAUCUGGUUCCUUAACUCCAGGCGCUCAAGGUCGUGAGCAGGCCGGCGAGCAGCCCCUGCCCCGGUCAGCGGGAUUCGAACCGACCGCCGUCACUGCCCAUCCCACUCCCCACGUGUCCGUCUCUCACCAGCCUGUGACCAUCGCCGUCGUCUGUGUGUUCUUAUUUUCCGUCGCCUUAGUGUGUGAUCACACCCCCAGUUACAGACCAUGGUUUCCCUCCGGACAUAAAGACUCGAGGAAACUCCUGAGCUGCAGCGUUCACGACGCUCUUUUAAUGCCAAGUCCUCUUAUUUAUUUGUGUGUUGCCUUUUAACAGAACAGUGUUCUGCUUUUACGCCCCGUUUCUCUCUGUGGCCCAAAGACGUCCUCCAGCAUCAUAUGUGAACUUGCACAUAGACCUCGUCGCGCUGCACUUGUUACACUUGAGAUUCUUCUGGUGGAUUCUACCAGACGUCUGAGUAUUGAACAGCAGUGUUGCUUGGAUGAUAUUUCCAGUUCUUCAUUCUAGUGACUUUGAGUUUGGGUUUGAUUGUAUUCUGACGUGUGUGUGUGUGUGUGUGUGUGUGUGUGUGUGUGUGUGUGUGUGUGUGUGUGUGUGUGUGUGUGUGUGUGUGUGUGUGUGUGUGUGUGUGUGUGUGUGUGUGUGUGUGUGUGUGUGUGUGUGUGUGUGUGUGUGUGUGUG